AACAAUAAAUGACGUCGAUCUCAUGCCAAAGUCACCCAGGGUUUCAGGAUGUUAGCUGAUGGGAACCUGGCUGUAGAUAAAGGACGGGAGGCAAGUGGCUAAGGCAAGUUUAUUAUUGGCAUAGUAGUCUCUGUUACGGGACCUUCUCAACUCACACAGCACACUUUCGGCCUUCAAAAUAAGAGUGACAUCCUGUUUACUUGUAUUAACUAAAUAAGGGUCUCAUAAAAAACACGAGUGGUUCUGAGUACUUUUCUGUCAUGCCCCAUUUUGAAGUACGGAUAUCUAUUUAUUCAUUUGUACUGUUCAGAUUGAGUUCCAAACUGAAACCAGGGAAAUGCAACAAAAUGGGAGAGCAGUGAAGCAUACAAUUGCAUUCCAGAGUCAACUUGCAGGCUGAGUACAGCAAAUUCAUACAUGUUGGCAGGUAUGCACUAAUAUUCAAAGUCCUCACUGCCUUCCACGCGUUCACCGUGGCCCCCCAGGGAGGACCCCGCUCCAUUAUUUGUGAAGCACUGAUUAAUACUUUUACUACUUUUCCAAAGUAAACAGAUUUUGUUGAAGUGUACUCCUGUAUAAAUAAACCUUUAUAUUCCCAUAACCUUUAUAUUCAAGCUCAGUAGUUUCAUAUUUAUAUCCUGGUUGAAAAUAGACAUGUAAGAAAUUUAGAGUAAAGUUGAUCUAAAGUUCAUAUCAUUAGAAAAUUGGGAAGUUCAGACAUUUCAUCCAAAAAGAUUUCUGGUUAGAGCCCCACAUUUAAAUCACUUUAAGCCACUUUGGAACAGGAAUAGAAACAAGGACUCGGAACAGGAAUCGUUCAAAUUCAAAUAAUGCACAAUCCUAUUCAUUAUUAUAAAAACUGUAGGAAAAUAAUCAAAUAAAAUAAACAUAUUGAAAUGUUUAAAAUACAUUUCUGUUAUUGAAAUUGUCAAAGAGUUCCCUAUAAAUAUGUUUACAGAAUUCAAAGUCUGUAGAAAGAUCCGAGAAAUUAUGUGUGUUGAGUUUGAUGUUAGUGGGACAGUGAGUGUGUGUGUAAGUGGAAACCAGCCUGCUUGCUUGCUUGCUUGCUUGCUCGGCAGCACUGUCACGUGAUCUCCCAUGGCAACCACUGAGUGUCGUCGGUUCCACUUCAAGAGAAGUAGAGGCUGCACCAGUCUAAAGCGGAUGAGAAUUUUCUACUCCAACAACAACUCUGCCAUCGCCUCAACUGCCUUCACAUCGGCCUUGUCGUCUUCCAGCCGGCAGCCCUGUGAAGUGGAAACAUUUGAGAUAGAGCCAUGAGUCACUUCAACCCAGGGCUUAUUUCAGCCUACAACAGCCUCACAGACAAACACCUCACCGGCUACUUCAGCAGUACUCGCAUCAGGAGACACUUGCAGAGAGCCGGACUGAUCACAAGGAGUGGGCGUAUUGUUCCCGACAAGGAGUACAGACACAAGCUGAUCCAGAGAGCUCACCAGAGACAUGUCAGAGAGUGUUUGGCCCAGGCCAUUUUCCUCAAGGUGCUGGAGAUGGAGCGUCUUCAUCAAAUGGAGAUUAAAAGAAAACUGGAGGAGUUUGCCAGGCGGGAGCGAGUGCACAAGAUGAAGGUGGAGCGUUCUAAACGAUUUGAAGAAGACCAAAUGAAGUUACCACACCCACCCAUGGGUGCAAGGGCAGUCCGGAAACAGCACUCUGGACCUGUGGGGGGUCACUGUGGAUCCUCAGAGUCUCCUGGUUCAUCUCGACCCAACACAGCUCCAGGCAACAUGCAGAGGCCCGUGCGUUUGAAGCCCAUCCACAACAGCAUAAUGUCCUCCAACAGACGCAGCUCCCCCCACCGGCUCCACGAGGCAUUCAAUGAUAACCAACCCUCAUUCAACUGCACUAUGGAGAGGAAACCCAGGAAACGUAUGACCGCAUCGGAUCCCUGUAACGGUAUCUCACCUUACUGCCUCCCGGUCGUCAAUAACUUUGUCACGCCGCUCCCUCCAGCCACAAAAAGGAAAGAGAGUGGGCCCAGUGGCGCCCCCAGCAGCACUCUCAGGAGCCGCCGCCGACUCCUGAGGCCCGCCACUACCUCCAGUGGAGCUGACGUCAAUGAGGAGCAGCCUCUCCUCAGGACGACAGUGCACCAGAGCAAAGUAUGUGUCACCAUGGUGUAUUUUGGCAAACCAGUGCAUCUUUCCCACGACUUGGACGACCUGAGGGACGAGGUCAAAGUGUUCCAGCAGCACUGCGGAGGAGAGAACUUGUGUGUGUACAAGGGCAGGCUCUGUGAGGGAGAGACAUUCCAAUUUGUGUCAAGGCGUCAUCCAGGCUUCCCCUUCAGCCUGACCUUCUUCGUAAAUGGGCUGCAAGUGGAGCGUCUCAGCUCGUGCUGCGAGUUCAAACACAGAAGAGGUCCCAGACUGGGCGGCAGGCAUGGACACUUUGGCUUCACCGCCGUACAGCGAGCAUCACCUUGCUACAAGUGCAUCAUAGCAAUGGGGCUGGACAAAAAGCCCACUCCUCCACCAAAGAAGGCCAAAGAGAACGUCAGAGGAGAGGAAAACACCUUCAGCCUCAAGGACGCUCCCGUGAUGGAGACAGGCAGGAGCACAUCCCACUCAGGACGUGAUAGCAGCUCUCCACAAGAACAACCAACACAGGACGAACACAGAGAUGAUUACGAAGAGGACUUUGAAGCAGACGAUGAUAAAUCAAAUGAAAAGAAGCCUUUAUCUUCAACAAGUGAAACAGACCUGCAGACAAAAGACGAAGUUUCAUCGGACUCCGAACACAACAAAACGGACGAGGAAGAUGUGAGGCCUCGUUCCAGUUCCAGUUCCAGCUCCAGCUCCAGCGCCAGUGAGGAGAGUGACGCUGAGGCUGAGGAAGAAAUAGAAGAACCAAAAGAAGUCCUGCAGAAACAGGAAACUUCGCCUCCAGUUGAAAAGGACCAGGGAAACCCAGAAGUCACCGAGACGGAGUCUGCUGAGGUCAAGGGCACUCAUGUGGAGGACAGCGGGGAAGUCUCAGACACCAGCGUGCCCACGGUGGAUGAAGAUGAACAGACUGAGGAAACAUCAGAAGAGAGAAAAGAGGGUGAGGAGGCAGAAAAUGGGGGUGAGCAAGAAGAGCAGGAAAGGGCCAAAUCUGUGCAGGAGAAGCUAGCCGAAGCCAUACUGACAGAGUCCCGGUUCAGCUCUGAGCCAGAAUUGAGCGACACCAGUACUGACGAGGAGGAGGAAGGAGCUUUGGUACCCAAAGACCAAAGGCAGAAGCCGGAAAAAGAUGUAGCAGUCAUGGUAAUACCAGUAAUAACAUGUGAGGAAAGUGUGUCGAAGAAUCAAGAGGAGCUUAAAGGUCAGGUUGAAAGCCAACCCCAAGAGAUUAAGGAGCAUGAGAAAGUGAAGGAAGACAAUCAUGAAGAGAAAAUCCCAGAAGGUGAUGAGAAUUUAGAACCUCAAGACGAUGCCUUGACUACAUCUAUUGAUGCAGAGUUGAAUAAAACGGCUAUUGAUGCUCCUGAGGAGGCAGCGAGUGAGACAACAGAGACAAAAGUGGAGAACCAAGAGGCCCUCAGCGGUCAGGUGAUGCAGGAUGCAGAGGUUUCUACAGAAAUUCUAUCAGAUAUAAAAGAAGAAGACAAUGUAAAUGAUGAAAACAGUAAUGUGGAAGUUGUUGGAGAUACUGAGGAAAGAGAAACAAGCAAAACGUUUGAAGAAAUAGAUGGACAAACAAAUCCUGGUGAGAAGUCAUGUGAAGAUCUUAACAAGGAGGAAAACAUUGCAGAGGAAACGAAUACUGAUGCAAACAAUGAAGAGGCAGUAACAGAUCCAGCAGAGGCAAACCUCAUUGAAGAAAAAACUGAGAGAGAAGACAGUGAUGGCCUGAAGAGCAAAGAAGCAGAGGAAGAACAGGAGGAGAAGGAUACCAAAGAAAUAAACCUAACAAACACAGACGACAGAGAUGGGAGUGAAGUCAGACAGAAGGACAAAAACGAAGCUGUUGAAAGUAAUGAUGUGACACAUGAAGACGAAGAUGAGAAAAUCCUGACGGCUGAGCCCAAGGACAGUCAAGAAAUCGACGAAGCAACUACAGAGGAUGCAGAAGAAAGUGAAGCGAGACAGAAAGAAGCCGCUGAUGCCAGUAAAAAUAUAGAAGAGAAAUUUGAUACUGCUAAGAACCAUGAAGGUGAAGAAAUCAACACAGAACACAUGCAAGCAAUAGAUAAGAACAAUGUUCUUAUUGAUGAAACAGAAGAAGAGAAGAUCACUACUGAUGAGGCAGAGGAAAGAAAAGAAAUAAGGGGAAUAAGAGAUAUUGAUAACGAAGAAAACAUUCAGUCUGCGGAAAGUGAAGAAAUCAACAAAGCAAUCACUGAUAAUAGAGAGGAAAUUGAAGAAAAAUAUAAAAACCAUAAUGAAGAUGUGAUGGAUAAAUCUGAAGAAGAGAUGGUCACUACCAGUGAGGCAGAAGAAAGACCAGAAACAUCUAUGAAAGAUGAGAAUGAAGCUGAAACAAGUCAGGACUUCAGGGAAAGAACUGCGGAAGUGAAAAUGGAGGCAGAGGAAGCUGAAGAAACAAACAAAGUCAACACAGAUAAUGAUGAGGUGAUUGAAGAAGACGAUGAGAACAAAGAUGUGACGGAUAAAGUUGAAGAAGUACUCGUAACUAAUGAGACUGAGGAAAGUGAAGAAACAACCAAAAAAGACAAUGAAGCAGAAGGAUGUAAAGACUUCAGGGAAAGAAAUGAAAACAAGAAAAUGGAGGAUGACAUAGGUGAAGAAACCAACAAAGCAGACAUGGAUAAUACCGAGGACACAGAAGCGAGAGAUACAAACAAGAAUGAAUAUGUGACAGUUAAAGAUGAAGAUGAGAAGCUAUUUACUAAUGACACAGAGGAAACAGAUGAUGGGAGGAACGAUCUAAGGGAUAGACAUGUGGAAGAACAAACUGAGGCCAUGGAAGAUGUGAAAGAAAUUGGAGAAAAAAAUCAUGUGGCGGAUAAAACUGAAGAACAGAAGAUGGCAGUGGAAAUAGAGGAAACAUCAAAGAUACAUUCAGAAGAACAACACCUGGAAAAUGUAGAAGUGAUAAGUCUGACUGAAGAAAUAGAAAAAGUUCCAAUGAAAGACAACAAUAAGAGGAGCGAAGUUGAUGCUGAAAACGGGGAGACAUCAGAGCACCUUGAACAAGAAAGAAAAGGCAAGUCUGCGGAGUUGGAAAAAAACAAUGAGGGAUCUGGGGACGUCCAAAAGUUUGAAGGUGAUGCCGAGGAACUGGUUACCAAGAACCACUUUCAGCUAGCUGUGGCGGAGUUAGUCGAGGACUUUAAUUCAGAUGAUCUAUACACCAGCAGACAACACGGCAAGGCUGAAAAAACCAACAACAAUCCUAAAACUGAUUAUUCCACAGAAGGUUACGAUCAGUACUUAGCAGCUGAAGCGACUAAUUUGAAGGAGACACCUGAGAAAUUACACACAGAAGACAAUCUCCCCAGCACCAAAAAAGGUUCUUCCACUGAGAAGUCUCGUUGGACUGAGGAGGCCAGCAAAGCCUCGGCGGAAGGAGCCGGCGUGCUUCUCCAACCUCAGUCAAUAAAGGAUCAGUCCACCAAUCAUCGCCAUGGAGAAAGCCCGGAGGUAUUAGCGAGAGCAAGCAGCGCUGAGCUCGUCACAAAGUGGCUCACCAUGCAUCAGACAUCCAAGUUCUUUGAGACCUAUGUUGAACCACUGGAGGACCUCACAGAGCCUGAGGUGGGUUCCAGGAUGGAGGCCAGAACAUCUUCAGAGAUGUUGAUUAGGAAGGCAAUUGAUGAUGAUGAAGUAGAUAAAGAUAAAGAUAAAGCCAAAGGUCAGUCAGCACCUGAGAGCAUUCACCUUAAAGAUGUUGAACCCUGUGAGAUCACCAGUAUAGACGGGGAGGAUAAGGUACAGGUCCUAAUACCAAACGCUGACAGAAAGCUAACUGCAACAGACGCAAAGGUAAAACUCUCAGAGAACCAAGGAUAUCUCUCUGAUGACAAAGUAGAAUCAACUGAUGGCAACAUCGCUGAAACAUUCCAAAACAAAGUGGAAAGUACGUCAGGAACCAAAACAGUGAGUGUCACGGAAAAGGAAACUGAAUCCAUGAACCAUUCUCUGAAAAAUGAACUUGAUGAUAAGCAUGAAUGGAAUCCUUACAAUGAUGAUCAGACAACUCCAGAAGGAAGGACACAUAAAGAAGGCCAAGAAGUGACAAGUGAGGUAAGCCAGGAAGAGCGUGCAAGCGUCAAAGCCAAACCAACCAAUGGGAGCAUGCGGCUGAUUAAUGACAUUAUGAGCGAAGAUCGUUUGAGCAUGUCGUCAGUGGACAAAACACAUUUCACUCAAAGUUCUUACUCUUUGAUGGCAUCUGCCAAAACUGAGAGUGGACAUUAGAUAACUUAUUGUUCUUUUUUCUUGCUUCUUAAAACAUACUAUAAAGGCCUCAUAUUUUACAAUUUUAAGUAAGGUCCCAUAUUCCUGUAUUGGAAAUGUCCGGCCCAAAUUUAGACAAUUUAAAUGUGCUAUUAGUAAAUCCUACUACCGUUUUGUGUGUCUGUAGCUCUAAUGCUAAUGAGCUUUGUUUGUCUACGCUUCUCCAAGAAGCACCAUUGUGCACUUAAUCCACUUUUUCUUAUACACUAACUCUGAAGUUGUUCAACGUAAUAGAUGCCAUAUAUCAGAUUAAAAUUUGUAGCAUUAAAAGAGUCAAAUAGGAGGACACCAACGUGAGCAACAUAGCUAUGUGAGCUACAGUGCUAACAUUACACUCACAUUUAAAGAGCAGCAUCAUGCUAGGUUAGCGUAGCAAAAACAGAGCUUGGGACACUAUUUUGGGCACCUCCUUUCUCAAAAAGAUGAAAAAAAGACACUAGGGACACAUAUUGUACCUACUAUACAUCUUUAUUACAACAUCAUUAAAAAUUCUACACAAUAGGCGGCCUUUAAAACAUUGACAUUACUCACAUUUAUAGAAAAGAAAUCAGUGUACUUACUUCAUCAGGUGGCUUGUCACUGGACACAUCAUUAGGAACACUUGCAGCUACUGUAUUUAGACCCAAACCAGGAGGUGUGAAUUUUGCCUUCACAAAAGCAAUAUGAUUAACAUAUUGUUCCGCCAUGCCCAUGUUUGCUGAAUAAUAUAAACAAAUUGAAACACUUUUCAUGAAUACCACAGGUAAAUGACAGCCACAAUAAUAACUGUGUAAUAAAAAAUAAUAACACGUAGCCUUGUUAUCGUUCCAAAGGCCUACUUAUUGAUACAACUCAUCGACUGGAACUCAUUCAAUAUUGUACCUAAUGUUUGGUCCAGUGAUGGUGAAUGACGCUCAGGUUUUUCAAUAGACUUCAUUCAUUCAACAGCAAAGAGAAACUUCAUAAUGAUCUGUGACUUCUGCACACACGUUUACAAUGGAAGAUCUCUUCACAAAGAGGGCAAAGAGUUAGUAGGAGGUAUCGAGUGCUAUCUCUCGCCUCUUACCUGCAAACAGAUACUCCUCCAUGCACACUCUGUAAAUGGCUGAAUAAUUCAUAAAAUGGCUUAGCUUACCCCCAAACACACAUACUUUUACAUGAAGCACAAUAAAAAUGUAACUGCUUAUAUUGUAUUCCAUGACUGUGAUAAAAUAAUGUUUGCUCAUAAUUGCUUGUUAUUAUGUGGAUUACUAAAUAUUCUGUGAAAGCAUUGUAAACACUACCUCUAUUUGCUGCUAAAUUCAUUUAUUACCCUCAAGUGUGGGUUUGCAGGUUUGCACUGAAUAAAUAAAAA